AUGGUGCACACCACCCGUGGACCAUUCAAGUGUAUUAUGAUUACGAGGAUCCAAGACCGCUCGUCAGUAAUUACCAAAUCCUCCACAGGAAAUGAUCUGAAGGUCGAUCACCCUGGCCACCUUGACCCUCAGCCAUUCAGCGACCAGUCAGCGACCGGCGGAGGCCCUGGUGGCCAGCCGCCCCCCCACCGACGCGUGUCCUUUGGUGACCGUUGA